CUUGGGCUGCUGACCGUCGAUGAGAACGGCCGCACAGAGGGGGCCACAGCUGCAGCUACUGUGGUCGGUACGUUGACUCCGGCCAGUAGAAGGCCACCGCUUGUCCCAAUACCCGAUCGUGCCAAUCAGCUCACUCCGCGCGAUGGAGAAGGGGCUGUGGCAGGCACUCGUGGAACACUGACACCCAACACAUGGGCCCUGAACAUCAACAUGCAGCUGCCAUCAUCCUACAUGAGCCCCGCUCCAUCACCAGACGAGCUGGUGAUCCAGCAGCGGGGACGGCGCCGGGGUCCCGUCAACUGGAGCCCCGACCUCGAUGCGCACAAGCGGGAGGGCAUCCCGAUGGGUGCGCGCACACCCAGCCCCGUCAAGUCCAACAUUGUCCUGCGGUCGACACCCCGCAAGAGACUCAUGCUCUCAGACCCGAAGGAGCUUUUCACGACACCUGAAAAGAUGCGCAAGCUGUCACCGUCACUGAAGGGGUCACCUGGUGUGAAGAAGGGCCGUGUCGAGAAACCGACUGUGACAUACAACGGCCCUAUACAGCUGGGGCUGAAAGGACUGUCUCAAGAGCAGCUCAUCGGCAUGGUACAGUCACUCAUCGACAGACACCCAAACCUGGAAGAUGAAGUCAGGGAUAUUAUGCCAGGUCCUGAUCUGCGACCCCUUGAAGAGCAAUUGUCAUAUUUGAAGAAAAACAUAUUCAAAUCACUGCCGACCUCUCGCCUCACAUCAAAGACUGAUUCACCUGCUUACAGCAGGGCAGCUGUACAUCUUGCUGCCUUCAAGAAAUUUGUCUUGGAGCAAGGCCGGCAGCUGGUGGAGAGCUGCCACUGGGAGGCAGUUGUGGACUACGUGUGCCUGGCGUGGGCGUACGUGAGGGCGACGCCACUCUGGGACAACCCGCCGCACAACGCGACGCGCAAGCAGUGCUUCAAAUCUCUGGUCGCCCAGUGCAUGGCGGCCAUCAAGAGGGGACAGUGGAUGCCCCAGCAGUGUGACGCAAUGGUGAACAGAUUAUCGGGAUUUACUGCUGACAGUGAAGACAUGGAAAUGUGUAUAAAACAGCUGGAUGCCAUGCACAGGAAAUGAAAACACGUAUCUUCUUCCUAAUGUAAGACUGAGUAAAGUUGAAGUGCAGUAGUUGUAUGAACAAAGCUGCGUUUGUCAGACUGUGUACAUAGUAUGGUCAUAAUUAUUAUGACUGACUGCCAAGUUUUGUGGUAUUUGUAGCAAGCCCUUGUACAGAUAUGUUUGUAAAAUUGGUGUGUAGUAAAUGCUGACUGAAUGAACCAUA